AGCUAUAGCCAGGGAGGAAGAGGCGAGAGGUUUUACCCCACCCAAAAUCUGUCCACGAAAAUAAACCCACGAUGUGAGGAAUUUUUGUAUGGCGUUUAAUGAGUGUCUGUCGAAAUUGGGCAACAAAAGGAUUAAUUGCUAAUUUGCUACGUGAGGCUUAUUUGAUCGAAUAUACGUUUCAUCAUGGUUAGGUUGUUACAAAAGCACUGAUAAGUUGGCGCACGUGGCAUUUCGGCAACUUACACAGCAAACGACUACAGUAUAUCGGAGUUGUGCCUGCUGUCAUAGAGCUAGAUAGAGGACUCAUGAGUAUUGUCAUUCAGGGUUUCCACCAUUUUAAUGUACUUAAUUGGGUGGGCAUUCCUAUGAGUUGGGAGCAUUCAGCAAAUGAACAACAAUUUACUUAUUUAAAAUGGAGAUAGCAUGGGCAGCGCCAUUGAGGCUGUCACAGACUAUAAUAGCACAGAUACAAAGAUGAAUCCUCUAUUUAUCUCUAUGGCCUGUUCACACGGGUAUCUGCCCUCUCAUUGGCUAGAAUGGUCCCACCUGAUCUCACCUGCCUUCCAUCUUUGAGGACGGGCAUUUCCAUUGUUUGAGCUGUCACUCGAAUAUCAAUAUAAUAGACAAUCUUUGCUAUUGCUCACCUACAUUUUUUUCGCAAGAGAACUGCCCUUUAUCUUUCAGUGUACAGCAGAAAUGUGUCUGACUGUACCAUUAGAAAUGUGUUCCUUGGUUUGCUUUGUUGCACAUGACUGGUGUACGCAAUUAUGUCCAAAGCGAAGUACAUUAAAUGUGCCUUAUAAAUUCUUUAAUGUGACUAUCAUAUUAAUAUAAAUUCAAUUGACCGACUUUCUUAUUACAUCUACCUCAAUUUUAUUUUAGGAAAGGCAUCAACAUGCCCUGGCAAGAUCUUGCGUUUAAAUUCGUAUAUUGAACCAGUGGUCUCUAUUGGGCAGCGCUUUUGUGAAGUAAAUUUGCAUGUGAUCAGGGCACAAUUGCGCACAUCUUUUACAUACCUGUGCUGGGCACCACCUGUCGCUCGCGCCACUGACGCAACUGGUCAUAUUUACCAUUCCAUAGAUUUGUUUUAGGUCAACGGCAUAGUUAGAAGAUAUGGGAGUGGAAGCACAGAGUGUCACAAAUGGACAAAGCAGAUCAGAAAGCCUGUCGUUUGACUUUACGUCUUGGUGGCGCCACGACAUUAUAUCGACCUGUUUUUCAAACAGACACAACGUUUGCAUCUCGACCGGACUCGUCUGUUUGUCGGUGCUUCUUUUGAUAAUAUCAUGUUUUAUGUGAGUAUGUGGGUAAUUACGCAUUUAAACCUGGAGUAAAGGCUACUUAUUAUAGUUUUACUUAACUUUUGUCCGAAAUGCUUGUUCAAGGCUGGUAUGUCUGAGAUGCAGAGGCCGGGACAGGAAUUCCGGCAAGGAGGCAGCCUGUGUCCUCUACUGUUUCUUUGGCAAUUUGUGCAGCACCGUCGGGGCAUUUCUCUCCAAUCAGCUGGCUCUUCAGGUCAUAAUGGGUGGUUUUAUGGCAGCUGUAGAAGUUAUUCAUUUCAUCUCCAUCUUCCCGAUAUUUUUGUGUUGGAACACCAGAGCAGAGAAGAGGCUGAGGAUGAUGAAGAGGAGGAGAAGGCAGAACUUCAUGGCCGUGUCUCUGCUGUUGGUGGUGGGUGGAGGGAGCUACCUAACCUCCAGGACCAGCCAUGGGCUUGUAGACCGACCUCUCACUGGGAGAAGACUUCUUCUCACUGACCUCCUGCACGACCGUAUGGAGGUCCUGGGUUACAUUCUUGGUCUGCUCUCUUUUGUGAUUGCCUGGACCUCCAAGUUCCCUGACCUCUCCAGAGCACACAGAGGGGAGAGUUCAAGGGCACACAUGUCCUCGGGGUUGCUGUGCUCUUUGGCCGGUGCCCUCUACACCUCGGCCAUAUUACUUUACGACACCCAGUAUGAGUUUGUAUUGAGAGCCAUGCCGUGGCUCCUGGCGUCAACGUGCUGUGCAGCCCUGGAUCUUGCUAUCGUGGUCUUGUCCUGGUGUAGGAAGGGUACCCCUGAGCAGCAGCCUGGAGGGGGUUCUCCAGAUACAGAGAGUCUCCUGGGUGGCUCCUCUCCCCCCACUCAGCACAACCCCAGUUGGAAGACAAAACAAAAACACCCAUUGGACUUGGAUGGAGCUCCUCUCCAGGUUCUCUCCAGUAAGAAGAAUCUAAAGUUUGCUGACAUGGGGCAUUACAUGGAUGUCAACAUUCAACCCGUGCGAAAGGUGUGUCUGAAGGAGGUGACUCUCUCUAGGGAGGAGGGGGUUUCAGAGAGCCAUCCCCUCAGGAGGACAGUAAGGGUAGUGAGAGUGGACGAACCCUGCACCUCCGAAACGUUCUCAGACUCCUCAUCCCUCAACUCGGAUCUGGAGUGGGAUUUUGAAGACGCAAAUGCACAGUGGAACAAACUGCAAAAAGAGAAAGUGGAUGGGUUUCCCCUGCAAGAAUGGCCGAAGAACCCAAGCCCAAAACCCAUCUGCAGCUGUGGUGGCAUCAUUUGACAGGCUGGGAAGCGGGUAUAAAGCAGAGUGGGUGAUGGUGAAGUGGCGUGAUAAUUUCAAACACUGGUGAAUGACCUGGUAACACUUCCUCAUUACAUCACAUGGUCAGAUCUGUGUUUGGACUGUGAAUAAGAAAGAUAAUAAAAGUGCAAAAAUUGAUCUGCCAUCAAACUUUCUGUUUUUGUCAUGUCUUAUACUCUCAUUGGGUUUAAU